AUGCCAUCUACGCGACAGCCAGGACCGUACACUGCCAUGGUGUCCACGCCAAAUCUGAUGGAACGAUUCUUCAGCGCCCAUUGCGACAUGGACGAAAAGCGGUACGGAGCCUGCUUGACCAAUGAGCUAGCCAGAUGGUCUGCUGAGACGCAGAUCUACGUGAGCAACUUCAACGUCAAGCGCAAUCUCUGCAGGAAACCCACCGAAGCAGAUGGUCUCCCCGCGGACGCCCAUCUCCGCACUAACGCUGAGGAGGACGCCCUUGGCUACCGCGAGGUGGCCGGAAAUAUCCUGGUGUACGGCCACGAAGAAGGAGAGCUAGUGCCCAUUCUGGCCGUCUUUCAACAAGGAUACGGGCUUUCCUCCGACCAGCGAAAGGAUGACCCGCGUUCUCCGCAAAUGUCCAUGGACCCCGCGCUCGCCGACGGCCCCAAGAUUGCGAUCCUCUAUGGACCCGGGGUCGAAGAAUAUGAGGACGACAGUCCUGCGCGUGUUAAAGAGGAGGGUGAUGAUAAGGAGGAGGAAUUCUACGACGGUGAUGAGGAACAGCCCGCCGAGACCACCGCCUUGCUAACUGCCGAAGACUCCGAAAUCGAGAGGAAGAGGCGCGAGAAUGAAGCCCGUCUCGAGCGACUAGCUUGGACACUUCAAGCGGAAUACCCCCGCAUCUACCUCAAAUCCAUCAAAGAAGCGCUCAAUGACUGCGGAUACGACGUCAAGGACACGAGAGAAAUCCUACAACAGUGGUCCGACUUUGCGGACGCAAUAAUUCACGUCUCGGCAUUUAAACCCGAAACAGAAGGCACGGGCCAUGCGCAAAGCAAGAGCAUUGCUGCCCAGGAGAAACGCUACUCUGAACGCUACUCCACCUAUUUGAUCGAUCACCCAGAUUGCGGGAUCGGGAGAUUGGAUGGGGUCGUGCUCAUCGGACGACGAGCUCAAAAGUCUGAUCAGCUCCGCCAAGAAAAGGGCUCUUACCGUGGAGCGCGAGCUACGAUACUGUCCUCUCUGCCACAGCGCACAAACUCGAUGUUGUCGGAGAAAUUCCGAUAUGCAAUGUGGCCGCCAAGCCCGAAAUGCAGCAACAGAUCGUCCGAUUGGGGAAAACUUGUGGUGCGCCUGGGGCUGCUGCGACACCUGGCGGGCCAGCUACAAUGGAUGGUCGACACGGUCAGAGCAUCUCUCAGCCUUGAGCGAAAGGGGCCGAAGUCCCCCUGCACUCGCAUAGCUCAGGCUGCACCCGCAACGAUCACGAGGCCGGUCAUUAUGAAAAUCGUUGGCGAGUUCUUCGUCAAGAUACCAUUCUCGAGAGCGCUCCCAUCCGUCCAGUAUAACAUCAGCGUUAUCGAGAGAAACACUAAGCUGAACGAGCAUGGAUGGUUUGUGGAUCGCGCAACAAUGUUCAUCAUGGAUGAUGAGAUUCCCAACGUCGAUCCAUCCGAGCCCUAUUCAUACGAGCCGUUCGUGGCCCAAGCAAACAACGGUCAGAUCAUCGAUAUUAACGCCAUCGAUAGAUUGCAGAUUGCCGAAAAAGCGAGAGUUCUUUCCACCAUUGACGCAGCUAUGCCCCAGGAUGUCGCAACGACCUACCCGACAGCCCACACCUGGGCCGUGUUGGGCAAGAACAUCGAAGACAUCGCCGUGCUCUGCGCAAGCACGGAACAAGGGCUCGUCACCCAGUUUUUCUGCACAUUCUUCAGCGAUCCUGUCGAGGAAGAACCCGCCGGGGAGAAGUUUCCUUACAAUUGGUGGGCCAACGAGGAGUUGGAUACGACGGCGGAAUGGGACCUGCUCAUGGCUGGCCUGCGCACCGCCACCACGAAGCGCAAGGGGAAAGGGAACCCUCCUCAUUACCGUGGUGAUGAGCGCGACCUUGCAGAGGGCCCUGGACACGUUGUGAAGAUUAUUUCCGCGACGGCUGUUCUUUUACGCAACCGUUGUUCGAUUACGGGGCGAUCCGCACAGGAUAUCGAGGCAGUACGACGACCACUGCCGUAA